ACAUCUUCCAUGAAAAGACAACCUCCUACAUAUCUAGAAGAUAGUUCUUGAUGUCCCUGAAAGACCGGGCAGAAAUCACAUUAUCUUCUACGUAUAUUCGUUACAUUAAAUACAUCAUUAAAUACAUCACACCAUAGCUUCAGAAUCUGCUAAAAGAACUCAUCCGGUCUGAAUUAUUGACCAGCAAAUAAUUGGAUAUUCUUACUAUAAAUAUCAGAUCAUCUCCGGUGCAGUUCGUGUUUUUCAUUGAGUAUUUAUUGGCGAGUCACAUGACGUCUGCCACAUUUUGUUAAUAAUAAUCUCUAAUUACGCGUGCAGAAUUAUUGAAAUCAUCUGAUGUGAAUCCCAAAUACCAUCGCAAGAGGAGAUUAACUCGUGUGCAGAUUAAAUAUGUUUAAGAAUCGAUUAAAGGCUUUAGAUUAUGCGUCCUGGGGGCAGGUGAAUGGUAACGAUCCCGAGCACUUCAAGAAUUUAGUGGUGUGGUUGGAAGACCAGAAAAUCCGUCAUUACGCCAUUCAGGACAGGUCUGAUUUGAGAGAUAUUCAUAAUACAGAAUGGAACAAGACUUUCGAGAAGUAUAUCCUGGACGUCGGUUGUCCAGUGACAACGACGAAUUUAGACAAACUUGAAUGGUUAGUGGGUUUGGCUGUGAGACUCGAUUUUGAAGACAACCUUGAGAAAUAUCAGGCAAAGAAGGAUGCAGCGAAGAUUGCUGAAGUCCCUAGCGUAAAAUCGACGAAUCCCUUAGACAAUCUUGACUUUACCAGCGAUGAAUUCAGAGAAGGUGUGCAAUCAAUAGCGAAACAAUUGAAUAUCCCUCAACAUCCGAAUCACCUAAUAACUCUGGAGGCCUGCAGCAAAUACGUGACAGCAAGACUGGAUACAGCUGUUAUCAAGGCGCCUCAUUCCGUCGUCAUCAAGGGCACCCCAUUUCCAAUUAUGGAAACAGAGAUGGGCUUCGACAUGGGAGACAAAGUCCUGAACAACACAGCUAAAGCCUUGAAUUUACUGUACAUUCAAGACCUCAGGAAUCUCCAGACGAACAUCAAUGAGGCGAUUGUAGCUGUUCAGAACAUCACAGCUAAUCCUAAGACCGACACGAAGGCUGGGAAGGUUGGAAUUUAAUUCGUAGAACAAGUAGAUCACUCCAAGCUCUUCAUUCUUCGUCGAGCAUUCAUCGGACUGAGAGACAGAAAUACUUUUGAACUGUAUAAAAUAUACAGUUGUUAAUUUAAAAAAUAGUGGAAAGUCCUGAUCAAUUUUUUUGUUUUUACAUGGGGAGGAAAAAUUCCGUCAACUGAAUAAGAUUCUCUUCUCUUAAAAAUUAAUCUGUUCCCAUAAAUUCAUCAGGCAAGUCGUCUUUGUCAAAAGUGAUUUCAUAUCUCAGUCCACCUAUUUCUCGACUCUCAAUACACUGUUCAUGUUUAUUUACAUGAGUGCAGAUAAAAUACUCAUUUACCCACAUCGAUCUGAAUUCAAAUAUUAAAAGAUGAGAAUUGAACAUAUUGUCUGGAAUUUUGAGAUAAUAAAUAUUUAUUAA